GCGACGGCGUACGCCACCGAUCGAUCCAGAUUCCAGAGUCCCGUUCGCCCUAGACACGCCGCCUCCUCUCGUCCACCUAUUAAACGCCUUUCCUUUCCCCGAUGCCAUCUUAGCCUGCCCGUGACCGAAGGAAUCGUCCUGAUCCACGCAGCCCUCCCCGCCGCCGCCGGCGGCCAGGGAGACGGCGGUAUGGGGAGGAUCCCAACCCUGCUCAUGGGACGCUACGAGCUGGGCAAGCUGCUCGGCAAGGGCAGCUUCGCCAAGGUGUACCGCGCUCGGAACAUGGAGACCGGGGAGGAGGCGGCCAUCAAGAUCAUGGACAAGGAUCACCUCGCCAAGUCCGGCGCCGUGCAGCGGCAGGUCAUGCGCGAGAUCGACAUCAUGCGUCGCGUGCGUCACCCCAACAUCGUCCGCAUCCAGGAGGUCAUGGCCACCAAGCGGAGCAUCUUCGUCGUCAUGGAGUUCGUCGGCGGCGGCUCCCUCGACGUCUACCUCGCCCACCGCGCCGGCCGUGGCGUCGGCGAGGCCCCUGCGCGGCGCGUGUUCCAGCAGCUCGUUUCCGCGCUCGACUACUGCCACUCCCUCGGGGUGUUCCAUCGCGACAUCAAGCCGGAGAAUAUCCUCGUCGACGGCGCCGGCAACAUCAAGGUCGCCGACUUCGGGCUCUCGGCGCUCGCCGAGGACGAGCGGCGGGAGGCACUGCUCCACACUGUUUGCGGGACGCCCAUGUUCAUCGCGCCCGAGGUGUUCCUCCGCUGCGGCUACGACGGCGCCAAGGCUGACGUCUGGGCCUGCGGCGUCGUCCUCUUCGCGCUCGCCGCCGGCCGGUAUCCCUUCAACCAGAGAGACACCAGCCUCUACCACAUGAUUCGCCGCGCCGACUACCACUGUCCGCCAUGGUUCAGCACCGGCCUUGCCCGCCUCGUCCGCCGCCUCCUGUGCCCCGACCCGGCGCGCCGAAUCGCCAUGGCGCAAAUCAAGGAGAACGUCUGGUUUAAGAAGGGAUUCAAGGAGGUACCACGAAGCCUCAGCGAGCCGGAGGAGCGCGACUCCGACUCCGACGAUGAUUCGACCGUGUCGCUCGCGUCGUCAGAGGAUCCGUCCUCGCCGGUGGUGCGCGCGCAGCACCGUAGCUACAGUAGCGGCAUGCACACCUCGGUGUCGGCGCCGUCCCUGACGACGCUCGAGAAUACGGGCAGCGCCGCUGAACCCCCGCGCAUACGCCGGCUGAAGAGCCUGAACGCGUUCGACAUUAUCGCGUCCUCGCCGAGCCUCAACCUGACGGGGCUUUUCGAGGAGCCCGGCGAGCAAAUGCGGUUCGUGUCCGCGGCGCCCGUGUCCAAGAUCAUCUCCAAGCUGGAGGAGAUCGCCGGGCACGUCAGCUUCACGGCGCGCACCAAGGAGUACCAGGUGAGCAUCGGGGGGAACGGGAGCAGGGGCGCGCUGCUCGUCUCCGCCAAGAUCUUCGAGCUCACGCCGGAGCUCGUCAUGGUCAAGGUGUGCAAGAAGGCCGGCGACACCGCCGAGUACAGGCAGUUCUGCUACAAUGAGCUCAAGCCCGGCCUGCGCGGCCUCGUGGACGGGCUGCCGGAGGACGGUGGCGAGCCCAUCGCUUCUAACUCUGGAUGAUCGGUGGACUCCAUCAUCAGGGCGUGGCUCAUGUAUCUUCAGUUUAUUUCAACAGUUUGAUAGUAAGUUUUAGGAGUUUUGAUUGACAGUGUUAAUGCCUUAUUGGUGUGUCAAGGGUGUAUCAUGGCACUGUUGUUGUUAGGUAGCUAAAUUCUAGGUAUGUACCUACUCAUCUAGGGUGUAUACACUUCUCAAUCUUUGUGAGUUGCUUUUGGAAAAGAUAAUCUAUUGUUUAGCACACCUGUUCUUUAUACAAACAGAAGCAUCUUCUUAGUUUA